UUCGGGGGUCCGGCUCCGCGCUCCCCAGGCCUCCUGCGGUUGGAGGAGCUGGUGCGGCAGUUCCUCAUCUCCCGCGAGUCGCUCUCCGUGCGCGUCCUGGACGCCGAGCAGGACCCGACGCCGCUGCUGAAGGAAAUCCGCGACGACAAAGUUCCCACGAUCAUCAUCGACGGCAGCGCCGCCACCGCGGGGCUGGUGCUGGCCAAGGCCUCGGAGCUGGGGAUGACGUCGACGUUCUACAAAUACAUCCUGACCACCAUGGACUUCCCUCUGCUCCGGCUGGACUCUCUGCCGGCCGCUCCGGCCACCGUCCUGGGCUUCUCCAUGUUCAACACGAGCCACCGCUUCUACCCCGAGUUCGUGCGGAGCCUCAACAUGUCCUGGCGCGAGAGCUGCGACUUCGGGCCCUACCCCGGCCCCGCGCUGUCGGCGGCGCUGCUUUUCGACGCCGUGCACGUGGUGGUGGGCGCCGUGCGGGAGCUGAACCGGAGCCAGGAGAUCGGGGGGCGCCCCUUGGCCUGCGCCGCGCCCGGGAUCUGGCCCCACGGCACCAGCCUCAUGAACUACCUGCGCAUGGUGGAGUACGACGGGCUGACCGGGCGCGUGGAGUUCAACAGCAAAGGGCAGCGCACGAAUUACAGCCUGAGGGUGCUGGAGAAGGGCCGGGAUGGACACCGGGAGGUGGGGGUGUGGUUCUCCAACCGGACACUCGCCAUGGACGAGGCCACGCUGGCCCUGAACGCCUCGGACAGCCUGGCCAACAAAACCCUCAUCAUCACCACCAUCCUGGAGAACCCGUACGUGAUGCGGGUGGGCGGCGCGGGCGGCCCCGAGCGUUACGAGGGAUUUUGCGUGGACAUGCUGCGCGAGCUCGCCGCGCUGCUCAAGUUCCGCUUCCACAUCAAGCUGGUGGAGGACGGGCUCUACGGGGCCCCCGAGCCCAACGGCUCCUGGACCGGCAUGGUGGGCGAGCUCAUCAACCGGAAAGCCGACCUGGCCGUGGCCGCCUUCACCAUCACGGCCGAGCGGGAGAAGGUGAUCGACUUCUCCAAGCCCUUCAUGACGCUCGGCAUCAGCAUCCUGUACCGCGUGCACCUGGGCCGCAAGCCGGGGUAUUUCUCCUUCCUAGACCCCUUCUCGCCGGCCGUGUGGCUCUUCAUGCUCCUGGCCUACCUGGCCGUCAGCUGCGUGCUCUUCCUGGCCGCCAGGCUGAGCCCGUACGAGUGGUACAACCCCCACCCGUGCCUGCGGGAGCGGCCGGGGCUGGUGGAGAACCAGUACACGCUGGGGAACAGCCUCUGGUUCCCGGUCGGGGGAUUCCUGCAGCAGGGAGCCGAGGUCCUGCCGCGAGCGCUGUCCACGCGCUGCGUCAGCGGCGUCUGGUGGGCGUUCACCCUCAUCAUCAUCUCGUCGUACACGGCCAACCUGGCGGCGUUCCUGACCGUGCAGCGCAUGGAGGUGCCGGUGGAGUCGGCCGACGACCUCGCCGACCAGACCAACAUCGAGUACGGCACCAUCCACGCCGGCUCCACCAUGACCUUCUUCCAGAACUCGCGCUACCAGACCUACCAGCGGAUGUGGAACUACAUGCACUCCAAGCAGCCCAGCGUCUUCGUCAAGAGCACCGAGGAAGGCAUCGCGCGCGUCCUCAACUCCAAGUACGCCUUCCUGCUGGAGUCCACCAUGAACGAGUACCACCGGCGCCACAACUGCAACCUGACGCAGAUCGGUGGCUUGCUGGACACCAAGGGCUACGGCAUCGGCAUGCCGCUGGGCUCACCGUUCCGUGAUGAGAUCACGCUGGCGAUCCUGCAGCUGCAGGAGAACAACCGGCUGGAGAUCCUCAAGAGGAAAUGGUGGGAAGGGGGGCACUGCCCCAAGGAGGAGGAUCACCGUGCCAAAGGGCUGGGCAUGGAGAACAUUGGCGGCAUCUUCGUGGUGUUGGUGUGCGGCCUGGUCGUGGCCAUCCUGGUGGCCGUCAUGGAGUUCGUGUGGUCCACGCGGCGCUCGGCUGAGACCGAGGAGGUGGGGACGGGCUGGGGCGUGUCCAGCCUGGGGAAUUUGGG